UUCUUUUUUAGGCGGGCUUAUUAUUUUGGCCCAAUUGAAAAGGAGUUUCAAUUUGCACACACACUAUACGGGAGUUACUCUCUCCACCUCCCCACUUGCUUCUACUACCUCCCCAAUUUUUCCCAUCUUUUUUCUAAUUACAAAAGUAUCUUUUUCUUUUACUUUUUUACCCUUUUUAUAUUUUUAUUUUUAACAUUAUUUACCAAAUCCUAAAUAUUUACCUUUAUUCUCUUCACACUCCACCCCCCCAAAACAUUUUUUAAUCUGCCUCCUUCGUCCACAUUCUUUCCCUCGUUUUGACUCCAAACUUAUCACCAUUUCAACCAAUCCUCUCACCCCACUGCAUAAAUUUCGAAACUUUUUCGCGGCUUCCCCAACAUUUCGAGACAACAUCAUUUCCUCUCUCUGUUCCCCAGAGACAAAGCUCCCCUGUUCCGAACAAAUCCACAUGACAAUAAAAGUGUGCUCCGAGAUAUCUAGCACGGGAAUCAGCCCUCGAAUCUCCUUCUCCCACGAUCUGAAGAACACGGAAGAUGCAUCCGUUUGUGUCGAAGAUCGCCACCGUGGAUCAGACCUGUGCAUCUUGGACUCGAGCUCUGACUUCGUCUUCUGCAUCACCAAUGGCUUACCUCAACAUCUCUCUUCCGCCGAUGAACUCUUCUCUAAUGGCAAGAUUGUCCCGGCGGAGAUCAAAAGCGUUCCCAAAAAACCUUCACAUCCUCCUCGAUCUCAACCUGCUACCAUAGAAAAGAUUCAAAGAAAGAGGCUCAAGGAGUUCUUGUCUGCUUCCUCUGACGAAGCAGAAAACGAAGAAGAAAAACCAUCAUCCAAGUAUUCGCAAACGGAUGUUGACAUCCGCAAACAAAUCUCUAUAUUCGUUUAAAGAUUUCCAGAUUUCCAUAUUGUAUACGAAGUGAAUUUUAACCUUAAAAAUGAAAGGAUAAAUUAGGAAUAAAAAAUAUAGAAUGAGUGCAGAAAAGGAAAGGGGAGGUGGAGGAAGAAAAUGGGGAGGUGCAGGGAAUAACGCCCCACACUAUACCCAUAUGCCGAUAUAAACUUGUAUGUUCCAUGUGGGUUUAGAAAGUUUCUUUCUACACCCCACAAGUUUCUUAUAUCACCUUCUGUUGAUUCUUAAUUCUCACUUCAUCAUAUCACUACAUUAUAUAUCCAGCACAAUAAUUUCUAAAAUAUUACAUUAUCAUGAAUUAUUUAA